AUGGAUGAAAGUAGGCACGGAUUGCGAUUCGAUAGUCCACAUUUUCCCGCAUAUCUGAGAUUAUUCAAAUGGAAAAUUUUGGAUAUUUGUGUGAGAAGGACGUCGGAUGAUGCUUUUGGUGAAUUUCUUCCGCUUUUUGGUGAGAAAGAGCUUAAGAACUUCAUCGCGUAUAUCAGAAAUCCCGAAUCACUGAUCAAGAUUCAAAAUCCCGAUAUGGGAUUGCCUCAGCUCAAUGUGGAAAAAUAUAUUCAUGAGGACAUUUUUGAUGAAGAAAAGUUUAAUCUUGCUAAAAGAAAACGUCAAUUUCUUAUUCAAGUAAUGAUGAAGAAUGAAGUGAAAAUUGUGAGGAAACGAUAUAUUGAACGAUUUUUUUCGCAAGUAUUUUAUUGCGAAGAAGGUCUCAGAAUUGCGGAUCAGCUGAUUAAGAAAUAUAAUCGGCAAUUGUAUAAACAAUUGCAUUGGGAAGGAUGUCCACCGAAUUGGCCGUCGGCGAGAAUAUUUUUUGAGAGAUUCUACGAUACAGAGAAUAGAUACAUGCCGCAGAAGCUCGACAGAGUAGUGACCGCUUCGCGUGGAAAUCUCAUCUUCAAUUUUUGGCGAAACAGUCAACUUUAUGAGCGUGAAAUGAAAGCGAUUGAUUGCUUUUUGAAAGAUCCGAACAUCGGAAUCGAGAGUCAAGUUAUUCAAGACGUUCUCGACGAGGGACCAUUCAAUAUAAUCGAACUUAACCCACAAGGAGAUGAAAUUGUGAGGCCAAUUGAGAAGUGGAAUAAACACAAAACGAAUCUAUUGUUUGCUACGCUUCCUUUGGUCGAUGUCACCGAUCUUGAGAAACAAAAUCGCGAAGAAGAUUGGUAUUUCAAUCUGAUUGAAGCUAUGAGCCAUGAUUCUCAUAACCGCGCUGGACUCUGGUUUUUGCAUCCGAAUUGGGAAGAGACACUCCAAGAGAAAGAAAAAGAACGACAGAGGAUGCGGAUGUUGCUUUCGAAGGGAAUCGGCGCGGAAGGAGCAGACAAGUUGGUUGAUGAACGAGAAAUUCGCGAAAUGCGACCACAACCACAGACUAAUGUUGAGAUUGAUGAUGAAAUUGAAUGCGAUGAGCUAAAACUCCGAUCGUAUCAAGAAGAGUUGGUACUUCCGGCGCUGAAUGGAGAGAACGUUGUGAUUGUGGCGCCGACCGGUUCCGGAAAGACAGAAGUGGCUAUCUACGCGGCUCUCACUCACAUCGAAGCGAGAGAAGCCAAAAAUCAGCCAUCUCGCGUAGUUAUGCUUGUCCCCAAGAUUCCUCUUGUCGAACAACAAAGAGAUCGAUUCCUCAAAUAUUGUUUCGGCAAGUAUCAUGUUGAAGGAUUCCACGGUUCUGAGAAGAGCAGCGACGGAAGAGGACGAAAGGAUGAGGUUAUCAAAUCACAUGUCGUUAUCAUGACACCGCAAAUUCUUUUGAAUAUGUGGCAAUCGGUUCGGGAAAGCGAACGACUUUAUGUUUGUGAUUUUUCGAUGGUGAUUUUUGACGAGGUGCACAAAACGACUGGAAAUCAUCCGUAUUGUGAAAUCGCUCAAAUCAUUUCGUCCUAUAAUGGUGUAAAACCACAAAUCAUUGGUCUCACCGCGUCGCUGAAUGUCAAGACUACCGGCAAAAAUGAUCACGAGCAGAUGCUUGGAGAGAUUUACAAACUGCUCGCCAUUCUUGAGGCAACGUGCUUGAGCACGAUUCAGAAUGAAGAAUCGCUUCGCGAGCUGAAUCGACAUGUGUCGAGACCUGAUGAUAAUAUUAUCAUGUGUCCGCCGCCGCCUGACCAGAAAGCCAAAAUUCGGGGAUACAUCAAGAGAUCUCUGAAAAUGUUGCAUGAGAAGUUGCUCACCGAGCUUGACAGAUUAUUUCGUGGACGCGGCGGCAAUUUUUUGCCGGCCAAUUUUCUGAAACGCGCGAAAAUGCUCAAUUUGGACGAUGUGGCGCAUUAUGAAGCGUGGCUACAAUCUGUCGUGCAACAUUUGAAUAAACUGCACACUCCGGAUAAGCAUAUUGCCCAAAUCAAUGCCAAAUAUCUGCGGGUGAUUGUUGAAGCUCGUGCCAUUGUCGAAGUGAUGCCAGCUUAUGUAGCCUUUGAAUAUAUGGACGAGAAAUUCCAAGAGCUCAAAUCGAGCGGAAACUUUCAACAAUUUUCUGGAGAUUUCGAUAAAAACCGCGAGACAUUGGAUACACUUAAAAAUAGCGACGAAGACAAUGCAGAUCCGCAAAUUGUGAAAGAGCUCAAAAAUACUCUGAUUGCACAAUUCCGAGCGAUUCCCGAUUCGCGUGUUAUUAUCUUUGUGACUCAGCGAGCGACGGCGAAGAAUGUUUGCAUGUUCCUCAACAAAUCGGGUGUGUUUGAGAAGUCGAACUCGGUUGGAUACGUACUUGGUACCAAUAACCAGGGUUCGGUGUCGCAAUCGCAAACCGAACAGAAGCGAACCAUUGAGAUGUUCAACAAUGGAAAAUUGAAGGCGAUUGUAGCGACAUCGGUUGUUGAAGAAGGUCUUGAUGUGGCCGCUUGUAAUCUUAUUAUAAAGUACAAUUGCUCGUCUGGAUCUGCCGUUCAGCUCACACAACAACGAGGACGUGCUCGUGCCAAAAACUCGCGAUCUGUGCUUCUUGUCGCUUACAGCAAAGUCAAGGAGAAUGAGAACAACGCGUUGAUAUCGGAGAAGAACAUGCGGGCAUGUGUCAAGGAGAUUCAGAAGAAUGGCAAGAAGCAUUUGAUGGCGCGAGUCGCCGAGGAGAGGAAGCGACUUGAACGACUACGUGAGCAGGAGCUCCGUGAGAAGGAGAACAAAGAGCGCGAGCUUCAGAAUAAGCUCUACACUGUGGCAUGCUCUAAGUGUAGUCUCGAAUUUUGUAAAAGUACGAGCAUUAAGAAGAUUUUCUCGAACUAUAUUGUUAUCGAUCCGGAUAUUUGGGAUAAAUUCGAACUUGAACCGAGAAGAUCGUCGAAAUAUAUCGAUGAGAAUCUGCAGCCACUUUGCACACUCAAAUGUGCGAAAUGUCGAAGUGACGCAGGUCGAGCGUUCAAGCAAAGGGGUGUCUACGUGCCGCACAUUGAUGUAAAGAUAUUGGCGUUCCACGAAGAAAAUGCGGUGCAUGCGCAAAUGGAGACGAAAGGGAAAUGGACGAACGUCGAAAAUGAGUUGUUCUUCAUUGGAGAUGCGCGCGAGUGUCACUUUAAAAUGAUGCUCAAUGCUCUUGAUAACAACGAGAAGAACCUGGAGAAGAAGCGACUUCUUGAUUUUGAAUCGCGCAACCAGUCCGAAUUGAUAUUACGUAAAGUCCGAUUGGCAAAGUCGCAACGCGAAGCUGAGGAGACGCGAAUCGCAGAACGCCGCCAACUCGCACCAGACAACAAUGAUGACGAGAUGGCGGAUUCGGAUAACGAGAACACCCCAUACGUUUAUUAA